AUGAUGGAUUUCAUACAAGAAAAAUUGCAAAGCUGGUUCUAUGAAAGAAGGACAACUGCAGAAGGAAUAUUCCGUGAGUUAUCAAAUUGGGCAGAAGCAACAUUGGAAGAAAAAAUUAAACCAGCUUUUACAUUUAGAGCAUUGCCCAUUGAUCAACUCAAAUUCAAUGUCAAAGAAGGGGGUAUGGAAUUUAUUGUUGAUCUAGACAAAAGAACAUGUGAUUGUUCUGAAUUUCAGCUAGAUGAGAUACCCUGUGAACAUGCAAUUGUUGCAAUUGAAAGUGAUUCAACAACAUGGGUUAUACCAGACACUAUUAAAUUAGAAAUCACUAAGCCUCCAGAUGCAAAAGUAAUGCUAGGAAAAAGACAGAAGAAUCGACAUGUUUCCGGUACAGAAUUCAAGAUGGAACCAAGAUGUGGUCGUUGCAAAAGAUAUGGGCAUAACAGAACAAAUUGCACAAAUUCUGCUGUAGUUCAUCCUUAUGCAAGAAAAUACAGGGAAAAAAUGAUUGAUUAUAUACAAUAA